UUGAAUUUUCAAUGUUGGCAAAAUUUUCAAGUAGAAUUUUUUAUUUAUUUUUUGUGAUUUGGAUCAAACUUUUAUACACCUUUUUUAACUCCCCCCUCCCCCAUUCCAGGAUAAAUAUCAAAUGGCUAGCUUGAUACUUUCUCCAGCAGAGCACGACUAUAUACUCCGCGGUGUCGAAAGCGGGUUCCGCGCAGAUGGCCGGGGCAGCCUAGACCGGCGCGAAGUGACCCUCCGCACGGGUAUGAUCUCGCAAGCCAACGGCAGCGCGCGCUGCCGCAUAGGCAACCUUGGUGUUGGCACCGACGUCCUUGUGGGGAUCAAAGCCGAAGUGAACUCAUGGACACCCGGGGACAACGUGCCCGAAACCAGCGGCACCAUAGUGUGCAACGUGGAGUGCUCGCCCAGCGCCGCGCAAGAAUUCGAAGGCCGCGGGGCGGAGGAACUGAAUAUUGAGCUGACACAGCUGUUGGAUCGGAUCUUCAACGGCCCUCAGAGCGGGAUUGAUUUCGAAAAACUCUGUAUUAUUCCCAAGCAGGCUUACUGGGUGCUCCACGUGGAUGCCCUGGUGUUGGACGUCAAGGGUGGGAUUAUUGAUGCCCUUGUGUGGGCUACCAGGGCCGCCCUGAUGUCAACUAAGCUGCCCCGGGUGGUCAUUGAGUCUAUCCCGGACGAGGAUGGCGUUAUGCAGGCAGAAUUCGAUGUCGUGGAUGAUCCUGAGGAUAUGACCGAACUUGCAGGCGCAGAGAACAUGCCUGUGUCUGUUACUUUCAGCCAGAUUGGCAGAAGAUUUGUCGUCGAUGCUUCGGAGCAGGAGGAGGCCGUGGCCCAGGCCAGGAUGACUAUUUCGGUGUCCCCCAAUAUGGAAAUUUGCGCUGUGCAAAAGGGCGGCGUUUUGCGCGGGUUCUCGCCCGCUCUUUUGGCCGAAAUCAUGCAGACUUCCCUAAAGAUUGCUCGUGAGGAGCUUGAUAAAUUCAACAAGCAUUAUGCUGAGGCGAAGAAUAUGACUGAUGGUCGGGCGGAUGAGCCGAGCACCGGAAGCACUUUUCUCGUGCCAUUUUAAAAGUACGAAUAAAAAUAACUGCAGAGGUAACACCCCGAAAAAUAAAAAUAAUAAUAAAAUAUUUUUUUGGCACUUUGAUUUGCAAUUUGAUUUUUAAUAUUGUUUGUUUUUUGGAUCAACAUGUCGCUUCGAGCUUUUACUUCCUG